CUCCUCAAUCCGUCUUCCUCAUCAACACACCACAAUUCCAAUCAUUGUUCAUCAUUCUUCCACAACCAUCAAGGCCUUCCUUCUUUCUAUCAACAGGAUGAAGAAGAUCGAUCAAGCUCUCUUCUCCUUCUCAGUACUCAUCCUUUUGUUCUCUUCCAUCUCCACUUUCGCCCAGUCACCCGCCGCUUCCCCUAAACCCCCACCCAAAAGACCAUCCCCCGCUGCCCCUAAGGCUCUGGCGCCGGCGCCGGCGCCGGCGAAGCCUUUGGUCCCCACAUCACCUCAAUCUCCAGACUCCUCCUCCUCUGAUUCAACCCCCGACGACAUCACAAAAAUCCUCAAGAAGGCCAAAGUGUUCACUGUUUUCGGCCGCCUGUUGAAGACCACGGAAAUCAUCAACAACGUCAAUUCGCAGCUCAUAACUGCAAAAGCUGGUGGCCUGACCGUUCUAGCCCCAGACGACGGCGCCUUCUCGGAGCUCAAAGCAGGGUUCCUCAACUCCCUGAACAACGGCCAAAAGAUCGAGCUUUUACAGUUCCACAUUCUUCCCGUUUUCGUUGCCAGCAACAAUUUCGAUUCUCUUAACAACCCGGUACAGACGCUGGCCGGUACCGAUAAUCCCGCCAGGCUGCAGCUCAACGUGACGACCUUGGGGGACAGCGUGAAUAUCACCACGGGGGUUGUGAAUGCCACCAUUAAAGGCGUGGUAUACUCCGACAGGCAGCUAGCUAUAUAUCGUUUGGACAAGGUGCUUCUUCCUCUGGACUUCGUUUUGCCCAAGUCCGCUCCGGCGGCGGCUCCAGCAAGCCUGGCAAAAACGCCUAAAACUGAUAAGGAGAAGCCAUCAGAAGACGAUGAUGGCGCGGAUGACACGGCCCAGGAAAAAUCAGGAGCGGUUGGUGCAUUUAGGACCCAAGGAGCUACGCUGAUGUCUCUUGGGGUGGCCUUCGUUGUUGCCGCAACGAUGCGGUUUUGAAGGAGAUCCAUUCGGCGGAUGCAGUCGAAUUUUGGGAACAAGCGCGACUCUCAAUCUCUCUGUUUUUUUUUUUCUUUUUUCUUUUUUAAAAAAAUUGCCUAUGUGUUCUUUUUCUUUGAUUUUUUUUUUGGGCGUUUGAGGAAGAUGUGAAUCAUUGUAUGAUUUUGUUAUUUAACUUUUAAAAGUUUAUAAUUUGUUUUCGAUGUUAAUUUUAUGUCGUCGAUAUUGUAUGGAUCAAACACUUGACUGUUGCUUAAUUAAUUACUAGCUUUAUGGUUGGAAUA